GCCUUGAUGGAAAGCACAGAGGCACAGUAUGUCGAGGGUUGUUCGUUGACUCCAAUAGUCACAGAACAACUUUGGGUGGAGAAAUAUGCACCACACUCUUUUACAGAGCUGUUAAGUGAUGAGCACACAAACAGGGAGGUACUUCUAUGGUUAAAACAAUGGGACUCCUGUGUGUUUGGGUCCCAUAUCCGGGGUACAAGUGAUGAUACUUUAUCCGCCUUACGUAGACAUUCUUGUACCAUUCAAAAGAACUCAAGUAGCAGAAGUUUCUUUUCCAAGAGCAGGGGAGCCUAUGUCAUGGGUCAAGAUAGCAUGCCCCAAAAAACACCUGGUAGCAACUCAGAAGAUUUGAAAAGCACCUUUCACAAAAAGCCUUCCGUUGAUAACGCACCAGAACAGAAGGUGUUGCUACUAUGUGGUCCAGCUGGCCUUGGGAAGACAACACUUGCUCACGUGGCAGCCAAACAUUGUGGUUACCAUGUUGUGGAGAUAAAUGCCAGUGAUGAUCGUUCUGCUUCAUCCAUUGAACCAAAAAUUCUUGAUGUAGUUCAGAUGAACUCUAUCAUGUCAGAUUCCAAACCUAAGUGUCUGGUAAUUGAUGAAAUUGAUGGAGCACUUGGUGAUGGAAAAGGGGCAGUGGAGGUUAUUCUAAAGAUGAUCAAUGCUGAUAAGAACAACGAUUCGGACAGAAGCAAUGGAGCUGAAGAAACUCAAGUCCAAAAGGCUUCCUCAAGGAAAAGUCAUAGAACAGCAAAACUACUGAGGCCUGUAAUUUGUAUAUGCAAUGACCUGUAUGCUCCAGCCUUGAGAAAACUACGCCAAGUAGCCAAGGUUCAUAUUUUUGUGCAGCCAACGAUUAGUCGUGUGGUGAACAGGCUCAAGUACAUAUGCAAGAAGGAAGGAUUCAAGACAAGUUCAAUUGCUCUUUCUGCAUUAGCGGAUUAUACUGAAUGUGACAUUCGAUCAUGCCUGAACACUCUUCAAUUUCUGAACAAGAAAAGAGAGGCACUAAACAUUUCAGGGUUUGAUUCACAAGUCAUUGGAAGGAAGGACAUGUCCAAAAGCAUCCUUGAUGUUUGGAAACAGGUUCUUCAAAAGAAAAAACUCAAGCGGGCGGAAAUGGCAGAUUGUAAUGUGAGCGGAGACAAGGACAUUGGCUCUCUGUUCUCACUCAUAUCUAACCGUGGUGAUUAUGAUGUUACUAUGGAUGGGAUUCAUGAGAACUUCUUAAAACUCUCUUACCAUGACCCAAUGCUGCACAAGACGGUGAAAUGCCUUGAUGUACUUGGAGUUUCUGAUUAUUUGACGCAAUAUGUUUACCGAACUCAGCAUAUGUCACUCCAAGCAUAUCAACCUCCUAUUGCCAUCACUAUAAGCCGUAUCGUUGCUCAAGUUGAGAAGCCAAAUAUUGAGUGGCCGAAAGCCCUGCAAAGGUGCCGAACAAUGCUUUUGGAAAAGAAGGACACAUUGAAGACCUGGCAAAACCGAAUGUCACCGCUCAUUUCAAGGCACCUGUCAGUGGAAUCUUUUGUUGGAGACAUUGCUUCCCCCUUUUUACAUAUUCUUUCGCCGUUGAAUCUGAGGCCUGUGGCAUUGAAUUUGAUGUCAGAGAGGGAAAAAAAUGAACUUGUGCAGCUAGUUGAUACUAUGGUUGCUUAUUCGGUUACAUACAAAAAAACAAAGUUUGAACCUCAAGAAAGGGCAAAUGGAUCUAUUGUGCCUAUGGAUAUUCCUUCACUUUCUUUUGAUCCUCCAAUCAAUGAUAUCAUAAGCUUUAAGGAUUAUCAAUCCGAGCACAUUGGUCUCUCUUUGGCCAUGAAACAGGUCUUGGUGCACGAGGUAGAGAAGCAAAAAAUCAUCAAAGAUAGUGCAGGAAAAUUGUUGAACCAAAUUAAUGAAGGAGUUAGGAGUGAAGUUCCAACAACUACAUGCCAGAAAACAGCGACUGGUACUGCAUGUGAUACUUCUCAGGGUAGCUCUAAGGGCAAAUCAUCUACACUUCCAAUGCAGCUACACUCAGCCUCUAGUUUGAGUGGUAAAGGUCUUGCACCUGCAAAGAGACCCUCAAGUCGCCCAACUGAUUUCUUUCAAAGCUUUAGGAAAGAAAGACCAGGGGGUGCAAAGACUCAUAUUGAUGCUGGGCAGCAAGGAGCAACAGUUCAGAGGGACUUGCGCCCGCUUAUCUUCAAAUAUAAUGAGGGCUACACAAAUGCAGUUAAAAGACCAAUCAGAGUUCGCGACCUUCUGCUCUAGCUAGGUCCUUUUGGUUUCUUGCACAUUGUUAUGUAAAGUAUGUAAUGUUCUGUAUUCAUUCUGGCAUAUUGUUUUUGUUAAAUAUAUUAAACUAAUAGGUGGAUCUAAACUGAAACACAGCAAGUCUGUACUAGCUUGCAAAGUGUUUAAAAAAAUUAUUAUUAAAAGAAAUGAAUUGCAAAACUAA